AUGUACUCACACGAUACCAACGUCGAAACGGCGUGCCACGAGGACAAGGUUCGAGGCCUCGGCGCCGUGUGGCGCGACGGCCACGGAGACAGGGUGGUGCCAGGAAAAGGCGAGCGGCCCAAGUCGACACCGUCCGUCGCCCGUCGAGUGUGGCUGCUGCCCAUACUCGUACUGUCUGUACUGUCCAUGGUGAGCCCGAGCAUCCCCUUCGUCAUGGUUCCUCUUGUUUCGUUUCCCGGCGUCUCAGGCUGCCUGUGCCUGUUCUGGAAAACCCCCAUUGCCCGCGUUACUCCAUCUCUUGCCCCGUCUCUACGUAACAGCCUCCUCCUCAGUGGAUGCCGCCUCGUUGGGGAACAGGAACAUUCCAGAGCUCUGUCCAGCAGGACGGAUAUUCCGGUGGCCCUGGCCCAGCUCGCGCUCCAUGACGCCACGGUACAAACCGCCAUCUUUCAGCUACCGUGGGCCUGUCAACUUCUCUCCCUCCUUCAUCUCCAUCCCCAAGUUCUGUGGCCUCUCUCUUCCUUGACCUCACAACUUGCUGUCCACGACGAGCUCAUCUGUCCGCUACCGCCUUUCGCUUUCUCACCCCCAACGUCGCGAGUCCUCACAAUGGGCCUAGCAGAGCACACCAGCCGGGUCGUGUCCGAGUUCGACUUCUCGGACGAGGAUCUCAACCGCCAUGUCCAAGAAUACUUGAAGCAGACCAACGAGGGAUUAAAAGUAGAUGGAACCAGUCUCAGUCAGAUUCCCUCCUACGUAACUGCUGUACCAGACGGCACAGAGCGAGGCAUUUACCUAGCCGUUGACUUGGGCGGCACCAACUUUCGCGUUUGCUCCGUUACGUUAAACGGCGACAGCACCUUCAACCUGACCUACAACAAGGUCGCCAUUCCAAAGAAUCUCAUGGUGGCCAAGACGGCGAGAGAUCUUUUCGCUUUCUUGGCUAAGCAAAUUGAGCUCUUCCUCCGAGAGCACCACCGAGAGCACUUUGAGAGCGCCACCUCCCGUCGCAACACGACUAGCUUCCCUGAGGGCUACCACGAUGAGCAGAUCUUCCGGCUCGGCUUCACAUUCAGCUUCCCCGUACAGCAGCUCGGCAUCAACAAGGGCAAUCUCAUCCGGUGGACCAAGGGCUUUGACAUUCCGGACGCAAUUGGCAAGGAUGUCUGCAAGCUUCUCCAAGAUGAGAUUGACCGACUUCAUCUGCCCGUCAAGGUGGCUGCUUUGGUCAAUGAUACCGUAGGAACCCUCAUGGCGCGUUCGUACACAUCAACAGGAAAGCACCGCUCUCUUCUCGGUGCCAUCUUUGGCACUGGAACCAACGGCGCCUACAUCGAGAAGACCUCCAACAUUACCAAGCCCAUCAAGGGCGAGUACGACGCCUCGACUGGUGAAAUGGUCAUCAACACUGAGUGGGGUUCAUUCGACAACCAGCUCAAUGUUCUCCCUUCCACCGUUUGGGAUACCGCGCUAGAUCGAGACAGUGUGAACCCCGGCAUCCAGAUGUACGAAAAGCGCGUAUCCGGCAUGUUCCUGGGUGAGAUUGUGCGACUAGCGGUUGCCGACAUGAUGAAGGAUGACGAGACGUCCCUCUUCCGCGACACAAACUCCAGCACCAAUGACUGGUCGACGACGACAAACCUCAGCCCCAAGUCUGGGCUCCUGUUCCAGUGGGGGCUGGACACUGCCGUCCUGUCCGUGGCUGCUGCUGACAACACUCCCGAGCUGGUGGCCAUCCGACAGGAACUGGAGAAUACGCUUCAGGUGUACACUCCCUCACUGGAGGAUGCGCAGGCAUUCAAGGCUGUCGCCGGCGCUGUUGUCCGCAGAGCGGCCAGGCUCUCGGCCGUCGCCAUUGGCGCCAUUGUUCUCCAGUCGGGAAAGCUGAACGAUCCCGCCGAGGAGAUUGUCGACAUUGGCGUGGACGGCAGCUUGGUAGAGCACUACCCCUUCUUCCGGGAUAUGAUUUACGAGGCCUUGCGCGCCAUUGACGGCAUCGGCCCCAGCGGCGCGGACAAGAUCCGCAUCGGCAUCGCCAAGGACGGCAGCGGUGUUGGCGCCGCUCUGAUCGCUCUGAUGGCGCAGAAGAUGGAGAAGCCUGGAGACUUCCUUGCUGACCUGCGACGAGACAUCAAGCGCCGACUUUCUCAGCCUUUCGAGUCUCCUGGUAUGUGA